UGGCCACGUAUGACGCUCAGCGUUGCACACAUAUUGCACACAAUCGUCGGAACCAUGAGAGGAGGAGGAGGCUGCAGAAAGAUGCUCGAACCGCCUUCCACGGCAUUGGUUCUCUGCUCGCAUAUUCAAGAGAAUCACGAAGACGAUUGGCGAGCAUGUAACCUAUUCACCAACACCUACCUCAUUAUUAUCACCAACGGGGCGGUGACGUGCUGUUUUGAAAAGCAAACUGACAGCUUCCAAAUAGCCCGUUCUCUCGGUUUGCAAUGUUGACACAUUUAAGAUUGGCCGUCGUGUAGCUCAUCGCAAGCUAUCCGACGUUCGAUCAUCCCAACUAUCGAAAGCGCCCGACACCGAUCUGCAGGAACACAACACACCAAUGGCAUCGAUAGCAACGACGGCGCACGAGUCCAGCUCUGCGCUUGCUGAUGCUUUACUACCAGCGAGUAUAUUCGCACCUGACCGGGGAGGAUGCGUGGAUGACCUCGGGGAUGACUUCUACGAAGAUGGGGAUAUGCUUAACGGCGAGCCUGAGGAUCGAAGGAUCGACUUUACUAGCAAGCUGGCCCUUGUCAGCCCAAACGGUGAGCAGUAUGACUCCCUACUUAGCCAGCUAAGGGACAGGAUGGAGGAAGGCUCCGGAGAGACCAUCUAUGUGCUCGGGAUGGGUUCAGAUGGUGGCGAUUGGGGUCUCAGUGACAAAGACAUGGAGGCUUCAGAGGCCACGGUGCGAUCAAUGUGUGCACAAUUGGACUCCGAUUUGAUCCCGCUCAGAGAACGCAGAGAGGCGGAGGGUUCGGUCCGGGACUAUCUGAUACGUCGCCGUGUAGGGGAGCUAGACUUUCUGGAGGUCCGAGUGGCAGUGGUAGGCAAUGUGGAUGCUGGAAAGAGUACCCUUCUCGGAGUGUUAACACACGGAGAGCUGGAUAACGGCAGAGGCUUCGCUCGCCAGAAGCUCUUCAGACACAAGCACGAGAUGGAAAGCGGUCGGACCAGCAGUGUGGGCAACGAUAUUCUCGGAUUUGACCAAGGGGGACAGGUUGUAAACAAACCGGAUAGCCACGGAGGAAGUCUGGAUUGGACCAAGAUCUGCGAGAAGUCCUCCAAAGUGAUCACCUUCAUCGAUCUGGCCGGCCAUGAGAAAUACCUCAAGACUACCGUGUUUGGAAUGACGGGACACCUCCCGGACUUUUGCAUGCUCAUGGUUGGCAGUAAUGCGGGCAUUGUAGGCAUGACCAAAGAGCACCUGGGUCUGGCCUUAGCCCUCAACGUGCCCGUGUUUGUCGUGGUGACAAAGAUUGACAUGUGUCCAGCCAACAUCCUUCAAGAGACAUUAAAGCUGCUUCAGAGGUUACUCAAGUCCCCUGGCUGCAGGAAAAUCCCCGUCCUGGUGCAGAACAAGGACGACGUCAUAGUCACGGCAUCCAACUUCAGCUCCGAGAGGAUGUGUCCCAUUUUUCAAAUCUCAAACGUUACCGGGGAGAACAUGGACCUGCUCAAGAUGUUCCUCAACCUGCUCUCCUCUCGGACAUGCUACAGAGACGACCAGCCAGCAGAGUUCCAGAUUGACGACACCUACUCUGUACCGGGAGUUGGAACGGUCGUAUCGGGGACUACUUUACGAGGACUGAUACGUCUGAAUGAUACCAUGCUACUCGGACCGGACCCUCUGGGCAGCUUCAUUUCCAUCGCUGUCAAAUCAAUCCAUCGCAAGAGAAUGCCAGUCAAGGAAGUCCGAGGGGGUCAGACUGCCUCGUUUGCGCUAAAAAAGAUCAAGCGUUCGACCAUAAGGAAAGGCAUGGUGAUGGUGUCCCCAAGGUUGAACCCACAGGCCACUUGGGAGUUUGAGGCAGAGAUUCUGGUUCUCCAUCACCCCACUACGAUAUCACCCCGAUACCAGGCUAUGGUCCACUGUGGCAGCAUAAGGCAGACUGCCACCAUCUUGUCCAUGAAUAGAGACUGUUUACGGACAGGGGACAAGGCCUCCGUCCACUUCCGCUUCAUUAAGACCCCCGAGUACCUCCACUGCGACCAGAGGCUGGUGUUCAGGGAGGGCCGCACCAAAGCUGUUGGAACCAUCACAAAACUCCUGCAGUCCACCAAUAAUUUGCCGUCAAACUCCAAACCUCCACAGAUAAAAAUGCAAUCCACGAAAAAGGCGCCGCCUCGAAAAGACGACAACACCGCCGCGGCAACAGGAGACGAAGGCUUGACGAUAGCACCGUCGGCGGGGCCGAGCGCGACACAACAGGGAGAGGGGGAGGAGGACCCUCAGUUAAAGGAGGGCAACAAAGAGAACAAGCCAAAGAGCGGAGGAGGUGGAAGAAGAAGAGGAGGUCAGCGACACAAAGGGAAAGGCCAAAACAUGUCCACAGCGGCGGCCUCCACAUCAGGAACAGGAGGAUGCUGAACCGGUCGGGCUGAGCUCCAUCCAUUCCAGCUACUUUUGUGCAAAACACUCCUCGAGUCUCAUUGCCUUUUAUACCGGGAUCUUAUCGUAAGGGGGAAUGUAAAGCGAUCGACCCACCCGCCCGCUAAAGCACGUAGCUAGGAUUUGUCGUUCAAUCUGCCGUUGAGAAGAAUGCUUUAUGUGAGAAUAGCUUGUCACAAUCAUUUGUAUCUUUUUAAAGUGGCUUCAUGACAGGGGAGGGAGGGAGGGAGGGAGGGAGGACAAACCCCCAUUAAGGGUCCAACAAAUACGAGCAGCUAAAAUGCAUUCCGUGUCCAUUUGCAAUUAAAAGAACAUUUUGUGAACUUUCUUUCUUUCUAACUGAAUAUGUAAAUGGGUGGUUGGCUGUACUUCAAUGGAAAGGAUAACUGAAUGUAGCACAUCUCCUGGUAAUCCUACUUACAUUUUAUAAUGAUCCCAUUUGGCAUCUAUGGAAAAUUGGACCCGUCUUAAAUUUCCAACCUUGUAAUGACUCUCGUACUCAGUAGUACUACAGCAUGCCUCCUCCAGCCCUCGUAUAGUAAAACAUCUCAUACUCCAGCGGCCACCCGUGAUCGUACGACAUGCAGUGUUUGCAGUGCUAAUUGUGAACUCGAGUACUUAGUGUUACAGCUUGCCUCUGGUAACGUGACAUUUACUUCACUAACAACUCAAUAAACUGGUUGUACUGA